CGUACCGAAUGGUAUAUACUUACUACCGACCUGUGGACCUAUGGUGGACUGGAUAAAAGGAGAAAACAUGAGUGCUCCUGAACCUGAAAAUGUUAGCGAUUUACUACAAAAGCUUGUGGUAUCAGUGUGUGGGGAACAAAAGCCAGAAAUUUUACAAAAAUACACGCAAUUCUCUUUAAGUUUACUAUCGUCUACGCAAGGUGUCGAUGCUUUAAGGGAAGAUGAAGCAAUGGUUGCUAGUCAUAUCAAAAGUAAAUUAUCUGUGCAAGAUGCAAUACUUUUCGAUGAAUUGCAUAAUAAUUUAAAGGAUGGGGACCUCAAAAAUCGUCUUAGUACAUUGAGUUUUCUACUUCACAUGAGUCAUUCCAGUGAUCGCACACAAGACAAUAAUUUUGUAUUUCCUGAACUGAGAUUAGGUUUGAAUAUUCCUGUUGCAUCAACUAGUGGAUAUUCAUCACAAACACCUGUUUCACAUGCACAAGUUGUUCCAUUUUUAUCAUCAGAAACAAAUGCUACGGGUCCUUUGCUUAAUCCAAGUAGAAUAUUUGAUGAAGAUUGUAUAUCUGAAGAUACUCUUGUCCAAGAUCUUAUAUAUUCAUUUCAAGGUAUUGAAGGGAAAGUAUUGAAAUUGGACACUAACUAUGGCUUCCAAAUAGAUCCAAUAGCCAAAAUAAAUCGUUCACAAAAACAAGCUGUGCUACGACUUAGUGAACUUGGAUAUCUGUAUAAUAUUAUUCAACGAGGACUGAGUAGAAUGUCAAGUGGAUCUCAUGGUAGAGUAGCAGAUAGCUUUGUUGCUGCUCUUCACAAAGAAUUGUCAGAAUAUUAUAGAUUUAUAGCCAAUGCCCAAGAAGAAAUAAACAGGGUAAAAGAUCCUUUGGGACUAGACAGAGUGACUCUAUCUCAUUUACAAUUAUGGGCUUAUAAUCCUCUUGAGACACUCAAGUGGCUUGCAAGUAUUGUUAGAGCCUGUGCUGGCCAGACUGGAGGAGCCCUAGCUUCCGCUGUCUAUGAAUUUAGUCAUCAUGGUGAUCCCAGAGUAAAAAAGUUAGUUAAAAAAAUAUUAGAAAGUGUUUCAGAUCCUCUGUACAAUAUGCUUCUGAGGUGGAUAACAGAUGGUGAAUUGGAUGAUCCAUACAAAGAAUUCUUUAUCGAAUCAUGUGCUGAAGUAGCUGGAGAAAGAAUGUGGCAUGAAAAGUACCAAGUAAGAGAUUCUAUGGUACCGUCAUUUAUUAGUAGAUCACAAGCAAAAAAGAUUCUUGGCACUGGGAAAAGCAUAAAUUUCUUACGAGAAGUUUGUAAAGAUUUCUCUCCCCUUAAUACUCGAGAAGCUGAAGUAUUUCACGAUCCUACUGCUAGGCCUGGAGUUGAAGCUUUUUUUGAUAUGGAUCCUGAUGGGCCUCUACAAACUAUAAUGGAUGUGGCUUAUAAAGAAACAUCUACAAGAGUUGUAGACAUCUUAACAAAACAAUAUCAUUUGAUGGAUCACUUGCAAGGUCUUAAAGGGUACCUGCUUCUGGGACAAGGACACUUUGUUCAGCAUCUUAUGCAUCUCCUUGAGCCAGAACUUGCUAAACCUGCUAAUUCUUUAUAUCCACAUCAUAUUUCAUCAAUUUUGGAAACAGCCAUACGGGCUACUAGUACUAAAUUAGAUGAGUUAGAUGUUCAAAAAAGAUUAGACGUUCGAUUAUUGGCUCCAUCAGAAAAUGAAUUAGGCUGGGACGUUUUUGCUCUCGAUUAUAAUGUAGACGGACCCAUUGGAACGAUUUUGGAGCCGAGUCGUCAAAUUUAUCAAGCAGUAUUUUUUUCAUUGUGGCGAGCAAAACGAAUGGAAAGUAUUCUCUCAGCUAUUUGGAAACAACAAAUCACAUCUGCAAAAUUAUUUAGGAAGAUGCCAGAAAUCACACCUAUACAGAAGCAUAUUCAUUUAAUAACUAGCAGUAUGGUUCAUCUUGUUCACCAAAUGCAAUAUUACUUUUUAUUUGAGGUAAUAGAAUGCUCAUGGGAUGUUUUUGCCAAACAACUUGGACAAGCAUCUUCUCUGGAUGAUAUCAUUACAGCCCAUUUAAACUUCAUCAGAUCCGUAAGAAGAGGAACGCUUCUUGAUGAGCAAUCUCAAGAAUUGAUGAAUCAUCUUCGUUCUGUAUAUGGACCAAUACUGGAGCUCCAAGGUCUGGAAGAAACUUUUUUGGCACGCGCUACCGCAGAGUAUGAAGCAAGAAUCAAAACUGAAAAAUUCAUUGUAGAAGAAAGUGAAAAUAAAAAGCAAUGGGGAACUUCAAAAAGUAAAGACGAUGAAGUUACUGAAAGAAAAUCUUUGUUCUUGAAAUAUUUAAAUACACUGUCAAUGAAAUUGAAGUUAUUGUCAAGAACAUAUCAGGAUCGCGUAAAAAAAUUUUUAUUGAUGUUAGCUUCUGCAGAAGAUGUUUCUUUACAGUUGUUAAGUGUUCGACUAGAUUUUAAUGAGUAUUAUAUAAGCAGAGAUAGCCGUUUGGUAGCUCCACUCACAUAUCAGCAUCGGCGGCAAAGUGAUCAAUUGUUCCUCACUGAUAAGUGACAAACAAAAUCAAUAAGUCAAAGUAAUAUCAAUAGAAGUCCCUUUCCAUUAUUCAGACCAACUUUAACGUUAGAUGUUAGUAGUUGUACCAUGCCCAAAGGAGAAAGAUGUGAUUUAAGCAACAUUGAACUUACUAAGCAAGUUUUCAGGAGCUCUUUCGAAAACGAAUAUCUCGUGGAGGUAAAGAAAAACUUUCAAGAAAAUAAUUCCGAAGAAGAAAUACCACAAACUCCAGAUCAUGGCGAUUUAGAUUUUCAAGUGCCAUUAGUCAGGCUCCAAAUAAUGCCACUAGAAAAUUUUGAAACGGUGAUAGAUGAGAAAAUAAAACUUUACUCUGAAGAAAAUGAAAUUAUAAGUUUGAAAGUUGAAUCUCAUUUAAAUAUGACAGAAAAUCAUUUUUCCCAAGAAAAUUUCUUUCCAGGAAAAAGCAAAAAAACUUUAGUCAAUUCUUACAGUCGUACUUCACUUAUACAGUUGUCCGAUUCAGUUGUUCAGACUUCUCAGACUGAAUUAGUAUCUCAAACCAUGUCAAAUGCAAGAAUUAGCACCGUUUCGAAAGGUCCUCGCGACUUGGAAUCGCAAAAUUUGUUACCGUCUGAACGAGCUAAAAAGAGGAGAAUAAUUUUUUGCUGCGUUGGAUAACAUCCAUUCAACAAUAAUUGAGCUUUAGCCUUAUCAUGCCAUUACUAUAAGCUGUGAUUAUUUAGUUAUUAAAUAUUCGGACAUCAAUUUUAACAAUGAGAAUUUUGAUAUUGUUUGCACACAUUAAUAGCCACAAUAUUUUUAUAAUAUACCAUAAU